AUGUCACCUGCCACCACCACAGACCAUCCCUCUGUCGAGACGCCGCCCCGGCCCCCGACGCCAGAGCACCGCUUCGGCACCCUGGCCGUCCACGCCGGCUCCCCUCACGACCCCUCCACAGGCGCUGUCAUUGAGCCCAUCUCGCUGUCCACCACGUUCGCCCAGACGGCCGUGGGCAAGCCCGUCGGCGUCUUUGAGUAUUCGCGCUCUGCUAACCCCAACCGCAACAACUUUGAGACGGCCGUCGCUGCCCUCGAGCACGCCCGCUACGCUCUCGCCUACUCCUCCGGCUCCGCUGCCACCGCCAACAUCCUCCAGAGUCUUGCCGCCGGCUCCCACGUCAUCUCUGUCUCCGAUGUCUAUGGCGGCACCCACCGUUACUUCACCCAGGUCGCCAAGGCCCACGGCGUCAAGGUCACCUUCACCCCCGAGAUUGAGGUCGACAUUGCUGAGCACAUCAACGAGAACACCCGCCUCAUCUGGAUUGAGAGUCCCAGCAACCCGACCCUGCGUCUGGUCGACAUUCGCCAAGUCGUCGACGUCGCCCACCGCCACGGCAUCCUGGUCGUCGUCGACAACACCUUCCUUUCCCCCUACGUCCAGAACCCCCUAGACCACGGCGCCGACAUCGUCGUGCACUCCGUCACCAAGUACAUUAAUGGCCACAGUGACGUCGUCAUGGGCGUCGCUGCCUUCAACUCGGAUGAUCUGUACAAGCGCCUGAGCUUCCUCCAAAAUGCCAUCGGUGCCGUCCCCUCCGCCUUUGACGCGUGGCUCGCACACCGCGGUCUUAAGACGCUGCACCUGCGCGCCCGCGAGGCCACCCACAACGCAACCACCGUCGCCGAGGCCCUCGAGGCCUCGCCCAACGUCAUCGCCGUCAACUACCCGGGCCUGGACUCGCACCCGCACCGCGCCAUCGCCAAGAAGCAGCACCGCAACGGCAUGGGAGGCGGCAUGCUCUCCUUCCGCAUCAAGGGCGGCCACGAUGCCGCCGAGCGCUUUUGCUCCCUCACCAAAAUCUUUACCCUGGCCGAGUCCCUCGGCGGUGUCGAGUCGCUAGUCGAGCUCCCCAGCAGCAUGACCCACGCCGGCAUCCCCAAGGAGCAGCGUGAGGCCGUCGGCGUCUUUGACGACCUCGUCCGCCUUAGCUGCGGCGUCGAGGACGCCGAGGACCUCAAGAACGACAUCCUUCAGGCCCUCGACGCUGCCGUCUCUGGCAAGAACUAA